UACAAAUAAAUAGCUAUUUACAGGGAAGUAUUUCCUUCAUUUCUCAUCUCUUUGCAGCCACUCUUCCACAGUUUUUGUGUGCCCAAACUCUUUCUGGCCUGUCCAUAUCGACUGUACAUGUAAUCGGAGUUAAGAAUCAAAUGGAGAUACACAUACAUUUGUAUUUAAAAUGGUCUAUGAUUGUUACAUUUUUUUGUAAAGUCCAUCUUCAGGAUGCACCUAAAGACAGAGCUCACAAUACUUGACAUCUGGUCAUAGAUGAGCCACUUGGUGGUCAGUACAGACUGCAUGGCUGGUGGCAUGUGAUGCCCUAACCGGUCACAUGCAGCAAGGUAUUGCAGGGACAUCUUUACAUAGUCAUCACUAUGUUGUUCACACAGUUUGUGAUACAGCAUAGAGAACGCUCCCUCAUCAGCUUUGCCACAUGUAUAUCACAAGAAAACCUGUUUAAACACACAGACAACCAAGCCAAAGUUUAUUAAAGUUCAUUUAAAAGAGUUCCCUUUUAGCAGUGCAGAGGGAAAGGUGUGAUGUAUCCCAGACCAAAAAAACACAACUGACUGUACAAACAAGAUCUUUGAUGCAAGGGACUUCACAGAAGUCUGGCAAGGUCCCCCACAGUGUGUCGUGGUGUUGUUGAGUCUGACACCCAUCAAAGGUCAAGCAAAGAUCAAUGGAGGUCGUUUACACAUCCUGAGAAGAACCUCAGACAGAGUCUUUUGAAAGAAACUUAAAAAAGAACUAUGUUACAUUACAUGCUGUAAAUUGUAACACUAUUACAAAACAAUAUUGAAGUAAAAAUAAAAAAUUGUAUUAUUUCCAUUACAGCAUAGUUGUUAAAAAUUUCAUUACUUAAUUGCACAUGCCUAUUCAUUUUUGCCUAUAAUAAAACCAAUUCUUUCAUGAUUCACCUGUAAAGAGGGUUGCUGGAAACAUCCGCGGUGCACCAGAUCCAGCUGAUCCAGGAUGUCAUAGGACCACACGGCCAGCUUCUCGAUGCAGUGCUGAAACUCCAGGUAUUCUGCUUUCAGGAAAUACCAGUCAGCACCCGCCUCACUGUCUUGUAGAGCACACAAUAUGUCAGUCACUGACUGAACCGUCUGCAGUUUGGCAUCCACAAUCACAGCAGUCAGUGAGUCAAGCAGAUCAGCGUUGAAGGUGGUGGAAAUACUGUGAACAACACAACUAUUAUAGUCAAGCAGACGGACAAGAAGACAGUUAUCACUACAAUUAUGAUGUUAUUUGUGAUCACAUAUGAUCAACUGAGCAUGUCUCCAUAGCUGCACAAGAAAUGUAUAGCCCUACAAUAAAAUAAUAUGAAUGAUUAUAAGUUAAACAAAACCGUAUAAACAAAUAGCAAACACAGUAAAUAAAUCACGAGGCAUAGACAUGUAUAACACAUUUUCUCCCUGUCUGUAGCCUCAUCUCUUUGUAGGUGCUGUUCUUUUGCAUCCCAAAGUCCAUCAGACAGUCACCCUCACAGCCAGGUAACAUGUCUCUCUGUCUCUCUCUGCCUGGCACUCUGAUGGACUCUGUGACCCGUUUGAAUGUGCAGGUGUACUUUAAAAGGCAUCUCUCAGUCCAGUCUGUCAGCCUCAUGCUCCCGCUGAUGUCCAGACAGGACCAUGAGAGAGUAGCCAAGGAGGUUUUUUUAGCAGCCACUUGAAGGUUUUAUUCCUGUAUUGACCAAACUGGAUGGCACUUUGUCUUGCCAGCAGUAGGUCAUCAAAAGAAUCCCAUCCACUUUUGAUGACCCUGAUCUUGGCCGCAUCCAGCACAGACCGAAAGGGCUUCCUUUUAGCCAGCAGAAAACUAACAUAAAGUGAGUCAAGGUUCAAAUGAACAGCUCAGUAUUACCCCCUUAUUUCUCUGCCAUUUCUGCAUGAAUUUAUAUUUAAGGGGCCUCAGGGUUUCAGCACAAAAGGUUUCACUUUAGCCACUUGAGAAAUGUGGACUUUCUCUGCAGUGCCUGCGCCCUGAGAUGCUCUGAGCACCAGUUCUCCAGCUUCCACACGCAAAUUAGGUUUGCUGUCCAUUCUGCAACCGUAAAGCAAUACACUAGAUACUAUGAUAAACAAUGCACUGCAAAACCCCAUAAACGAAAGAAAAUAUCUAUCAAAUGUAUUUGAAUGUAUACAUUUAUCAAGCACUCUUUAAAAAAAUCUGUAAAAAGGGCACAGUGCACUGAAAUAAUUUAAAGCAAUUUUCCUUGUUUGUUUAUUACAGGUGUUUUGCCUGUAUUUUAGAGUUAACACAAAUGUCCGUAAAAUCAAUGCAUUAUGUCCCGGUGAUGAGCUGCCAGUACUUUUUCUGAUAUUUCACAUUUAUUUCUUACAGCGAGAGUGGCAGACUUGAGUGAAUCAAAUUAAGUCGAGGCACUGGACUCUUUUGUAGAUUAUGGUAAAGAUAAAAAACAAAGUUUUUAAUCGAAUCUAAUUUUCUUGUUAUCUUUGUUAAUGAUUUGCAGCAGAAAACUUAAAAGGGUCAAACCAAUCUAGUACACGCUUCUGCGUGCGUUACACAUUUAAAAGACGGGAAAAAUGGCUUGCGUCUAUGAAGUUCAUGAAUUAAACUUCUUUAAUAUAUAUUGAAAAGGAGUCUCUGUGUUAUCCCUAUUUUUCCCACCACUUCUGCAUGCAUUACACGCAAAGAGAAAACAGAGAAUUUAUAAAGAGAUCUGUAGAUAAUAAAUGAAACAAUAUUUGUUUCAUAUAGGAAUUUUAGAGAGGUAAAACGGUAAACUAACAAAAGUAUCCUUAUUACCCUUGAUAAUUCGCCAAUAACACUUUUAAAAAGGCAGAUAAAGCACGAGAAAGGGUUAAAUAUGUUGACUUGCUGUAUGUGCACAGAAAGGGUGAUCAAGAAAGCAAACAUGCACAGUUAAAUUGGACAAUCCAUUAUUUCUUAUGGAAAAGAGCAGUCUUUUUUACUGCUCGGAGCAAAAAAAAAUAAUAUUUACUGUUUUUGAUUAGAGCUGAACAUGCCUUUCACCCAGAAUGCGAGGAUGAUUUUCGGCCAAUGGGAGCGAUGCAGGACUGAAACAAUUCAUCCUGAUUCAGAACAGUCUUCUCUGUUGGCCCCCCUGUGGCCCCUCGCACACCUGGGCUCCACCCAUCUACCUGAGUACAAGUGCUGUGGCAAAUAUCAACCAGUUUGAUUAUAGUGACCAGAGUGCUUUCAAGGACCAGCAUUAGCCUAUUUGUGCAUUUCCUUUGAAAAAAAAAAAUAUCAUGGCUCCACAAAGAAGGAGAUGGCCUCCUGUUAUCUCCAAGAGGAGAGAGAACGGAGGGAGAGGUUGCGACAGAGGCUUGAAACAGACAUGGACCAAACUGCUUUACGAGUCUGGCAGGCAGAAGCUUCCAAAAGAUCAGAAAGGAACUCUAAAUUCUGCCAACCUCACUGGCCUCCUGUGAUUUCACCAGAGGAACAUGAGAGGAGGAGACUGUUCAGGAAAAGCCUGGAGAGAGAGUCUUCUCCUCAAGACUCCCCGUGGAGGCAGUGGCCUCCAGUGCUGAAAAAUGUGAAAGUGUCAGUUCCCCCGUGUGCAUCCCUUGCUGUGGUCCCUCCACCAACUGCUGUAGCCGAUACAGCCCUUAAACGGGUGCCAACGACCACGGUCUGGAGAAGAAAAAAGAGGGCUGAAGAGGACAAAAAGGCCCUGAUGCAUGGCAAAGCUAUCGCACGACGAGCAGAUCCAAAGAGAUUUACCUGCAGGCUGUGCAGACAGCCAAAGAGACUGGAGUUUGGACACAGUUUUUACAAAGGAAAGAGUUUCUGUGCCACUUCGGCUGGAAAAAGCGUAACACAGUGGCUCUCGGAGCAGAAGAGGAUGGCAGGUACAGACAAUUUGAGUAAUGUGUCACAGACAACCGCCUCGAGGAGGAAGACAUGCAAACCAUAUACCUGUCAGCUGUGCCAGCAGCCAAAAACAAAGCAUUAUGGGCACUCACGAUACGCUGGCAAAACCUUCUGCAGCACAUAUGAGGGGAAAACUGUGGAGCUUUGGCUGACAGAGCAACGCGCUCUUUCUCGUAUUAAAUAGCAAUUUCUUGCAAUUUUGUAAUACUGUUUGUUUGUGCACAGUUUUUGCUGUUUUCCAUUUUUAAAGAAUUGUAAACAUUUUUAAGAACUGUUCAUUUUUAAAGAAUUUGU